UUAUUAUUUUUUUUUUGUUGGUGUUGCUUGGACCUGAAGUUAGACUUGUUUAUGUAUUCAUAUUAGGAUGGAUGAAGUGGAUAAAAUUAUAAUGCAUCAGCUGCAUCAAAUCGAUGCCAGCAUUGAGCCGACGGAGGAGCUGGCAAAUUUUACGCCAGCACUUGUCGUUCGCGCUGUAGCCAGCUGUUUGCAAGAGAUAUCAGGUCAAUCUCUCAAAGAUCUUCCCCGAAGUCUACCCAUGGCCAUGGCUCAAAGAUUCAAUGUGGCCACCAUAUUGGCCGAAAGAUGCCAGGAGAGUGGCUAUCGCGGCGACAUUGGCUAUCAGACAUUCCUCUAUCCCAAUCCAGUAGAGCUGCGGCGUCUUCUAAUGUUCCUCAUUGAGCAAUUGCCACGGGAACGCCAAUCGGAAGAUGAUGCAAAUCGAACAUCACAUCCUCUGAGCAGCAGGGAACAGCUGGAGCGUCAGAUACGACAGAAACUAAAGGCUCAAUUGAAGAUGCCUUGGGUACCGCAAUUCUGUCGAAUGGUGGCCAAUAGAAAGUCCUUGGGAUGCAAUAGCCAGUGCAUUAGCUUUGAGCCGCAAUUGAAUCUCAAUGUGCCAUCAGCCAAUCCCGAGGAUAGAAGCAAAGAAGUCCAACAAUAUUUUGAUCAGCAGGCACCCAAUCUGUUUCAGCAGACAUCGGCAAAUUGCUACGAUCUGAUAGCCUCGGUUAUGCACAAAAACGAUCUGGAACGUUGGGGUGAUCUACCUUCGAUGGAUCCAGUGACUUUGACUUCAACCAGUGAUGAUUUGGUGGGGAAAGCUUUACCAACAAGCCCAACCCAAACGUCAACAACUGCGGAAAAAGCAGCCCAAGACAACAGCUCAGAGGCGACGGCGACGUCGACGACAACGACACCAUUAGAACUCUUGGGUCAAGAAGUCCAAGAGCUUCGUACUCAAACUGAGAUUAUGCUAAAUCAUCGUAAAAUGGUUACAUCAAAAUUGAAUGAACUUAAGAUCAGAGAAACGACUGCUUCUCAAGAAAAGGAAACUAUUGAAUCUAAGCUUAAGUCACAUGAAAAACUUUCUCUGGUAUUAUCAGAACCAGAAGAGAAUGUGGGUAAACUUGAAGCCCUGGUAGAAGCAACCGAAAACAAACGUCAAACACUUAAUCAGCAAUGGCAGGACUAUCGUCGACCGUUGUUGGACACAUUGUCAACAUUACGAAAUGCCCAGGAGGCCCAACAGGUUCAAAUUAUACGCAACUCUAUUGAGAAACUCGAACAGGAAAUCAUUGCCAAAAGUCAGCAACAUAACGAAUUGAAUUCUUCCUUAAAAAAUGCAACACAAUCGGUAGCUCCACGCCAGGAGUACACACGGCGUAUCCAUGAGUUUAUCAAGAAUAUACGGAAACAACGCGAGGAUAUCUUUAAAGUUCUCGACGAUACACGGCAAUUGCAAAAACAACUCAAUGUGGUCAAUGCCCAAUUGCAGCGUCAAUUUAAUUACACCGAUGAUCUGCUCUUUCAGAGCGCCAAACAUGAUCUUCAUGCAAAGAAGGCAUACAAGUUGUUAGCCCAAUUGCAUAGCAAUUGCAGUGAGCUGGUCGAAUGCGUCAGUCUCACGGGAAAUGUCACCAAGGAGAUACGCGAUCUGGAGGUCCAAAUUGACGGAGAGAAGCUAAAGAAUGUGCUGUCACGUCUGCAACAGAUUACCGGAGAUAUACAACGAUCGGAGCAACAUAUCCAAGAGCUUCAAACUCAAAUACGGCAAGUGGAAAAUGCCAUAACCGUUGGCUAAUGGAUGAAUGGAUAGCUUGAAUAUGUGUAUGUGCGGAAAAUAUUUACUUAUGUAUUAGUGCCAAUUUAAAAUAAAUUAUUAACUAUUUCACGCGUAGCGUUGAUUUUGCUUAGACGAA